ACUUGUCCAACCGUCAGUUUCUUUGAAAGUUAUAAGUCCGUGUUCAUUGCGUGUUUAUUUUCUGAAUAAACAAACAAUAAACUACAGAAUAUAUCAAAUCAAACGAUGUCUCGUUUUCGUACAGAUUCUUCGUGGCAGCGGAAUAACAAUUCAACCUCAAAAAAUAUCGUUACGGGCGAUCCAUUGGCCACAAUAUACAAUGAAGGCUUGUGGCGACUAAGCAAAGUGUCUCCUCUAUACGACUUACAGUACGGAACGGUAAAACUGAAGCAGUAUGCUUCGAAAAUUCGACAAGCUGUUGUAAGCGCAGUGACGGCUAAUUCAUCUACAAAGUAUGUUGUACAGAUCGAAGAACACGCUAACUUGAAAUAUUCUGAGGAUGACGCUAGUGCCUUGAUCAUUAAUGUAUUAUCAACAAGUCAAGAAAACAGUAGUAAGAGUAAAGUAUCAUACUCUGCAAUUCUUUUAUCAUGGGGUGUAAGCAUAAGCCUCGAUAAUGCAACACAUCUGCCAUACAUGCUGGAGAGAGGUGAACAGAGACUCGGCACUGCCGUGAAGGCUACACUACAGACCAUGUUUGACUGCCAGAUCAAACAGUUUUGUUUUACACAGCAACACCUCCUAUAUUUUGGUUUUAGUUUUGUGGAGAAUGACUCGUCUCGGAACACAGAUCCCUUUACACUCAUGUACAGGACACCACAAGUUGACCACAAGGAUAAAUUAAAUUUAUCCUUUGAAGUUGGAGACAUCCAAAUUAUAUGGAAUAGAAUAAAUGACGAAGAUGGCAAGAAAUCAGAUUUAGUAACACUAGCAUAUCAGAUACUGCAAAACCAAAUUUUCUACAUGAUCAAAUUGGACAUCACAGUUUUUGAUCUGUGUGAAGUGACAUUGCCCAGAGCAGAGGUAAAAAGUAAUGGAGUUGUCAAAAUGAAAACACCAGAGAUAGUCAACUCUGUGUUCACUGUCCUAAAUGAAAUAAGUAACAUUUACACCAGUAACAAUACAAGCAGUGCUUCAGAUACAUAACAGUAUUUAACAUAGUUGAAGUAUGAUUUCAUUUGUUUUAAAAUGUUGAACAUGUAAAUAAAGGAGUUAAAUAAAAAACAACAAUAUUGUUUUUCAACAUUUACUCUCAUGAAUUACACCUUACAAAUGUGUCUGCAUAUUGUAACCUUACAAAAUAUUAUAUCAUUACAAUGUGCUAAACUUAAAAAUAACCUAUUUUGUAAUCAUGUCUUUCAGUACCUUGCAAGCAGUCCUUUUUUAAGUUUACAAUUUCAUCAUUUCCGAACCAUUCCAAAAUUGGUAUCUUGUGCAUAACUAUUUAUAUUAGGCCACCACCUAAAAGCAUACUUGGUAUUUUGAUCUAACAGCUGACAAAUUGGUCUCAAUUCUUCGAUGCAAGGUAAAGAAGGUACCAGAAAUCAUUUAUAAUUAGAUGAAAUCUAAAAAUAUACAACAUGUUCACCUUGAUUCACUUAACAGGAUCAAAUUUUCCCAAUUUGUACAGAUGAAUCUCCAUAAACUAAAAUGUUGACAUAAAUAAUAAAAAUAUUUUCUAAUAUACCAAUAUAUUAUGUAAACCUAAAUAUAUAAUGUAUGUACCAGUUAAACAUUGUAGCUCAGGCUACAAAAUAUAAUACAAGUGAAUGUUUUGUCGCAUACUGUGGCAAACAUUCAGUCGCUACCGAUCGACGAGGCGUUGGUUUACUGCUGUUUCUAUACCAAGAUCUGUGGCGCAUACACUCCAUCCAUCGAGUGCCAUUUACUCAUACUCGUCACUAAAACCCAUAGGCAUGACCAUACCCAGUGCAGUACUUCGUAUAGAAACCGUAGCAUGAUAAACUUGCCUGUCGAAUACCACAAUUGGCCAA